UCUGAGCAAUAUUACAUAUAUAUUAAUUUUAAGAACUUUGUAUACGAACUGUUUCAGGUUUACAUAGGACAAUUUACAAAUUUGGAAAUAAUUCAUAUUUGCAAAAUGGAAUGUUGAAAGCCAAAAUAGCAAUCUAUCAAAGACAGAUUUUGCGAAGUAUCUAUUCUCUAGAAAUUUUGUCGACAGAAUACAAUCUGCUAACCGCGGAUAUGAUGGCAGAUUACCAGCAAACACCAAAUGAAAUCUGUAGAAUACUACUCUAUUUAAGUUAAUUAUGGUAGAUUCUUCUCAAUUUCUACCGGUAAUUUGUCAGAUCACAAUGAUAAAACACGAGCUUAAUACUGGAUAAAAACGGGAUUAAAAUAGAAUAAGUAUACAUUAGAAUACAUACUAUUAAUUAAAGUAAACAAGAAGAACAGAGUUAUGAAUGAAAAUAUAUAUAGUUUUGUUCCUAGUAGCUAAAACAGCAUUAAAACAGCAUAGGAACAAAGGUACUUCAUUGAUGUGGCGUUCACCGCGCAUGCGCAGAAAAUCCAAUUCUCCCUACGACGCCGCGCGAUUGGUCGGUCGGCAGAGUGCAGACUUUACGGAGUUUUACGAACGCAGGUCAGCGUCUUCGUCUGCCUUGUUUAUCGUAGCGUGGAAAAGAGAAAAUCAGUUUAGCCAUGGGCGCUACAGUGCGUUGUCAGUCCUUGUCGUGUGCCUUGUCUGUACCUGCCAGCGAUGCGCUUUGUGCGUACGCGUGAUCGCGCGACGGAAUAUGUCCAGGAACGUUCUUCACGCGCCGUGUUCAAUUAGGGUCACUUGAUAAAUCGAACGAUCGGUGGCG